AUGGAGCGCGCGGUCGAGCGCCACGACCGCGAGGCCAAGCUCCUCGUGCUUGCGCGCCUCCACCCGGUCUCCACCCUCGACCCCUCCUGCAUCCUCCUCUCCUCGCCCGCCGUGCCGCCGCCGCCGUGCCCGCAGGCGCCCUCUCCCACCGCGCCGUCCUCGCUCCUGCUGAUGUGGCGGGAGCUCGAGCACCGCCACGCCGACGCCGCCUACCCCUUCGACCGCGAGCCCUCCCCGGACAACGCCGACCGUGACCGCAAGCGCGUGCGCCAGAUCGCGUGCCGCCUCACGGACACCGCCGACAGUCCAACCGCCGCCGCCGCCGCCACCACCGAGGAGUGGCUUGCUAUAGAUUUGGGAGCAAAAGGUGUUGUAGUGAAGGCUGUGGCGCCAUCUGGAAAUGGAAGAGCGCCAGAUGCCAUUGCCAAUGUGAAUGCAAGCGAGAGGGAGACAAAACCUCAUAUAGAGGCUACUGGCGCAGAUGGUGCUGAGAUUGGGACUGGGUCCCAGCAAGAUGAAGUCCGGCCACCAAAGUCAGGGCUCCAAAGAAGAAAAAGAAGACUUCACCGAUUUGGAAUCAUUUCACUGAAUUGCUUGUUGAAGAAAAGGCGGAUGGCAAUAGUAAUCAUGAAGAUGGCAAUGACAGCAUUAUGGAUCGUGAUGAUGGUGACAACACUAUGGACCUAG